AUGAGCGCCCGAACGGCAUACGUCUGCCAAAUACAGGUUAUCAAGCUUUUUUUAGUUCCUUUGUGAAAAUUGAGGGAGUGUGCAGCUUUUGAAAGUUAGAGAGAAUUUUUAUGAUAAUUUCAAAAAAACUAGAAUUUUUUUCAGUAAGGAGUUUUGCGCCUUCAUAUUAAAAGAAAUAUAUUAAUAGAACCCCAAAAAAAUUUAAAACUCGAAAAAUAUGACUUUUUUUAAUUCUAAUAAUUUUUUUAUCGCGAAGGGCUUCAAGUAAAUUGCAGUCUCCGUCUUUUUUGAAUCACAAAAAAUUUUCUACUUAUCUCGUUUUUUCCGAAGAAAUUGCCCAUUCAUCUGAUUUCCAAAAUUAACGAGAUCCAGUGGGCAAACAAAAGAUUCCCGAAAGGAUGAAGAGAUCAUCUAUAAUUUGCGCUCAGUCCGAUGCUUCAAAUGUCGUUUCUGUUGCGUGAGACCCAGCGCGUUCCACCAGAAAGACUGUCAACAACGCGGAAUCGCUUAGUUUCUAGUUUUCUAACAAAGUGAAGCUCAAGCGACGGUGUGAGCUGCGCGAAAACCGGACUUGCCUAGAGGUUAGGUGAGGGUGCCAAUCCGCAAAAUAAGUUUGUUGAACAUUGAUGAAGCUUAGGAGUAGACCCAACAGCUUGAAGGAAGGGAUUUUAGUAGUGAAAGUCAUAAAAAUAGUAAACUUUUUGAUAAAAGACAACAUUUGGUUUCAAGAAUAGUGGAGGGUACGGAAUUUCAGUAAAAGGUGCAGUUUUCAAUCGAUCUGGGUCUUUUUUAAUCAUGAAACUCUUUUUUACUGGCCGAGAAAAAAAUUCUUCAAAAGUUCUUCUAUCCUGGCGUACAAAAAAACACCUGAAAGAUUCACAAUUUUUCAUUCAAGUGUGUUUCAAAAUAAUAUCAGGAAUUAUAUUUUUUUGGAAUUUUUCUUAAUUACCGUUUACCGUUUCAGGGAUGCAAUAUAGCGCUCUUCAUAUUAGGUCUCGCAGCAGUUGGCCUAGCGGGCAGUCAGUUCUCAAAAGUGGGAAUCGACAACUAUCGCGACAUUGACCUGAGGCUCUUAAACUGGAUUCACGCUCUUACAGGAGCCAUCGGUUUGAUUUUUCUUAUUUUGACUUUUUUCAUUGAGAGCUCCAGGUUUUUACUCGAUUCUUCACAACCACGGGAGCAUUGUCACGAAAACAUUGUACUGUGUGUCAUUUGUGAUCGGACUUGCAACUGCCGUUUUUUACGGCUUCACAACUUACAGGGUAACGGGAAAUCAGUUAAUAGACAAAGAAUUUUCCAAUUCAGAUAGUCGAAGCUCACGACAACCUCAAUGCUUUACGAUCUGCUCAAGGCUUCGCAGAAGACUUUUUACAAGAAAGCCAGAAUUUCGCUGGUCGUAUUGUUAUUUCUGCUCUAAUGAUUGGUGAACCAAGCAUCAUUAAAAACACGAAUUUUCAAAUUUCAGCCGUUGGGGCUCUGAGUUCUCUUAUUUCUUUGAUAGCGCUACUCAUUCUCGAUCGCAUUGUAAUUGUCAGCAUCCCAGUAUAUCCGCUUCAAUCUGUGAGUUCAAAAACGUUCUUUUUUGAAGAGAACGAGUGUUUUUUUCUCUAGCGUGACCAGGAGCUGGCGAUGGAAACCGCGAAGAGGUCCUUGGCCUCCACGGGAGCUAUCAAAUUUCUUCUCGGACUUGGGAUACUCGGCCUUUGUGUUUUCAUCGAAUACGAGCACGAAAAUGUCCGAGAGUGCAAAAAGUUUCUGUUUGUUGAUCGAAUGUUUUUUCGCAGGUUUCCGGCAAUGAGAAAUACAUCAAAAUUGCUUUGGAUCACAUUGCCGCAAUGCUGGCGAUAGUCAGUGGGGCUACUGAUGUUUUGGCGACCAGAGGACGAACUCAACAACAGCUAAACUUGAAGGUAGCUCAAAAAGUUGAGACUUAAGUAACAGUAGUGAUUAUAAAAGGUCGCUUUGGCUCUCUCGGUUGUGGCGGCAGUUUGGUGUAUCAAAGCCGUGGACAAUAACGCGAUGCCAUUCUACAAAAAUGACCUCAAGUACUUCUAUCGUGGCAGGCAGCUUGGAGGUUUGAAUCGAUUUUUUUUAUAGCUUCGGCCACUCGAUAAUCUUUGAUAGCCUGUAAAUAGCCAUGAAUAUUUCGCACCUGCGCGAAAUUUUAUAACUAAAUUCAGACGUUUCCGUAACAUCUACUGACGCUCCAAGAUACAUUCUUGUGGUUGCUCACGGGGUUCUGUUAGGCUGCUUUGGUAAGCUAAACUUUAUGAAAUAUCUUUUAAAUAAAACUUUCAGGUAUUCUAUUUUUCCUCUCGACUUUAUCCAGUGUUAUUGUUGGCUCGUUCCUCCAACUCGACUUCCACUCUAUGCACACGGAAGCAAAUAAAGCUCUUACUAUUCAAAACAGGCAAACUUUACAUAAAUUACAGUUCAUUCAUUGUUUUUUUGCAAUUUUUCAGACUAGUAUCCUCACUUCACGUUCUAUGGGGAGCUUGUCUGAUGGGACUCUGCAUUUUGGGUCUACUCGACACCCAAUGGAGAGGAGAAUUCCUUGGUUUGAGAAAGAUAAUUUGAAAAGUUUGAAUACAAUUCUCAGGGUCCGAUCUUCUAUGGCUCUCCAUUUUGUUUGCUACAACAGGCUUGAUGACUUCCAGUAACUAUAGGUUCGAAAAAAGUCUUUUUCAAACUGAGAAGAAAAGUUACAGCACGAUGAUUAACACGAGGUUCAUCAUGAACGUGGUUUGCUUGGGAAUUGCGGUUGAGAAAAUGUGCGCGUCGAUCAAUUUGAUCUAUCAGUACUCUUCCUACGACAUUUAUGUCAAUGGAAACAAUCGCACAUUCAUCGGACAAAUUGUACUCAUCGCUUGUCAAACUGGGGUGAGUUUAUGAUUUGCAUGAAUUAUUUUGCAAACUGAACAAACAUUGAUCUGUAAACUCUGUGAGUUUUUGAGAGAAAAAAAAUUUUGAGAAAAAGUUGAACAUUUUGAAAAGUCAUCAUGUUGAAGUCGUCAAAAGCUUCGAAAUAAUCCAUUAUUUGAAAAUCAUCGUACAAACUCUUCUAAAAAUCGAAAAUUUGCCUGCCAACAGCUAGUAAAUGACUUUGAGAUGUAUACGUAUUUCCAAGUUUGCCAUCUUUACUUUGUUGAAUGGGUCUAAAAAUCAAAAUUGAAGGUAUACGCCGCUGAAGCCCUCACUGCCCUUGUCUGUUCUAUCAUAUUCGGCCGAGAAGUUUCGCGCCAGCCCAAUCUCACUUAUCGUCAUUCAACAGGCAAUAGAUUUCAAACUUGCCAAAAAUAAUCAUUCUUUCGAAGGAAUCCAUGGAAUAUUCGCUCUUGGAACGUUGUUCUAUGCAGUGGUUAUUACUGGAUGCUACGUUGUAUUCGAGGUCGGAAAGUGGAGGUACAACGAAGUUCCGAUUGAAGUCCCGUUCUUCCGUCUCGGAAAUGGACCAUUUGCUGGUGCCGUCUUCAUUGUUCAGGUUAGGAAAAAUAAAGAGAAAAAAAAUUAUUUGUUUGAAUGGGAUGCUGAAUGCCGAGCUUUUUUUUCUGUGAACAUACACAGUUUUGAUCAAAAUGAAGAAUUGUCACUCGAGAUUGAAUUCAUAAACAAAUACAGGAAAAAAAAAUGAAGAUUCGAUAGCAGCCAAUUUUCAGGUCCUUUGUGUCGCCUAUCCUAGCAUGCUAGCGGCUUCUUCAAUCCUCAACAUUAUUGUCGCAUCUUUGGCUCUCUUCACCAUUUCGUCUUGCAUAACCAACGUCUACUAUUUGGUAACAAGACGCUCAGAUCUCGAAAAAAUUGUUUUCUUCAGCAACGUCUGAUUCAAGCCACGGACCUUCUACCCACAACAUCGGCUCAGCAGACUAUUUACCAGGUUUGCCUGUAGCAGAACAAAUAGUUCAAAGAUAUUCUUAAGGUGGCGAUCAUUCUGGCCGCCGGAGCUGCGCUGGCCUGUGUCAUCUGCACGUUAUGCGCCACAAUUUGCUCAUUGAGGUUUUUUCGACAAAAAACUUGAGCUGAAACUGUUUGAAACUUGUACAGAUCCUCGUACAUUUUGCAUCAUCGUUCUACUUCUCCGGAUUCGACGGUUGUCGUUCCAUUAAAUGAAGAACAAUUCGGAAGUGGAAGCCUUCAUUUGGGCAGUUCCAACAUCAGAACCAUUUCACGACCGCCAACUAGUGCAGUUCACAGCCCGGUUAGAGUCACAAGAAUAUGAAAAUUAGUAGGGAAUGGUGAUUUUCAGGCGGGAGGUGUCCAACAAAUGGAGGAACAGUCGGUUUACUGGUCAGCCGAUGAGAAUCCGUUUUAUUACCACACUUCCAAGCGAUUCUAUGGACAGCCUUAUCAAAUAGAGUCCGGGUCUGUUGAACUCUAGUUUUAAAGUUCAUUAACUGCUUAUUGGAUUUUUGAAACCAAAUCUAGUUUUUGCGGUCUAAAAAUUGUCAAAUACGGUGGGAUGAGAAAUUUUUAAAAAUUAGAAGCGCAGGUUUGAACACCCGAUUUGCUUUUUAUCAAAAAUGUUCAUUGUUUCAAAUCAAGACGGACUUUGUAAAAUCAAAAAAAAAGUUCUAAUGGGGAAAAAUUUUGUUGGAAACUUCUCUUUUCACAUUUUACUAAAAACUUUCAGAAGACUGAAAAAGUAUUCUUGAAAUAUUUUUUUAUACGGUCUAAAAAAUAAUGGUCAUAAAAUCUUUUUUCUUAGUUGUGAAUUCGAGAAAAAUGAGCCUUCAACGUUUUUGAAACUUAAAAUUUUCACAGGUCGCCAUUUUCAAAACUUCGUUUCACCUGAGAAUAUUUUGGCAAAAAAUGGGACUUUCAGAUUCUACGGCUACGCUCUGGCAAACCCAGGAGAGGCAUCGAACCAGCGCCGCGUGCAGUCGAGUGCGGCCCAAACGCAAAUUGGACAUGUUUUCACGUAA